AUGUCGUCGCGAACGGGGAAGUCUUUUUUGCGUUUUCGAAGAGUUUUGGCAGAAAGAGUCGAAAGAAAAGAUUUCUUUUUCACCGGUGUGAACGUAAACGGGAAAGGAGAGACGAUGAUGUUUCAUCGUCGUCAUCAGAGGAGAAGUUUUGCCGGUGGAGGAAAAGGAGGAAAGAAGAUGAAUAAACACGGGAAGAGUUUGAAGAGAAGCACGAUAAACCCGUCGUCUGAAUCGUCGUCGUCUUCGCCGACUCCUGCUGCGCCCGCGAGGACUACGUCGCCGCCUCAAAAUGUAUCUUCUUCUUCUUCUUCUCCUGCUGCUGCUGCUGGUGAAAAUGGUUUUGCGCAAAAGACGACGAAAACGCCAAUAAUGUCAUCAGCAUCAGCAUCAGCAUCAGCAUCCAAAAGUCCUACUCCUGCUCUUACGAAUCAAUCUUCUUCUUCUUCUUCUUCUCUGCUGAAAACGAUUGGCGCGUUGUCCUUGUUCGCGUCCAUCGGGUACGGGUCGCUCCGCGCGGCGGACUCGCCGUUAGCCUCGGACGUCGAGUUCAAGACGUUUGAGUUUUUGGCGCCGGUUUUUAGUCGUUUGAUGGACGCGGAAUCCGCGCAUAAUUUAGGAGUCUCGUUGUUCGCGAACGGAUUGUAUCCAAUCGAACGACGAGAGCGAGAUAACGAUAGAAAUAACGCAGACGCGUCGGGGGAGUACGCGGAAAUGCGAGAGAUGUUGAGAGUGACGAAUGUUUUCAACGAUGGUUUGAUGACGUUUCCAAACCCGAUUGGCUUAGCCGCUGGUUUCGAUAAAGACGCGAAAACUAUCCAAGGAAUGCGCGAGAUUGGGUUUGGAUUCGUGGAAAUCGGCUCGGUGACGCCGCAGCCUCAGGAUGGAAAUCCGAAACCGAGAGUCUUUCGAUUGAGAGAGUUGGACGCGGUGAUUAAUCGAUACGGAUUUAACAGCGAAGGCAUAGAACGAGCGAAAGAAAGGUUAAAGAAAGAAAAGAAUAGAGUAGCAGCGACAGUAGUAGAUAACAAAACAGAAGAGAAAGAAGAAUCGACGACGACGACGACGACAAAUGUUAUAGCACCGAUUGGCGUCAAUCUUGGUAAGAACAAAACGACGCCGGAAUCGGAAGCGGCGAAGAGUUACGCGUUGGGCGCCACAGAGUUAGGUCCAUUUGCGGAUUAUCUCGUCAUCAACGUUAGCUCUCCAAACACGCCCGGGUUGAGAGAUUUGCAGAAAGGUUCGUCUUUGGUGAAGAUUUUACGAGACGUCGUGAACGCUCGCGAUCGGUUGUUGGUGAAAGAGGAGAAGAAAAAAUCUUUGCCGGUGUUGGUCAAAAUCGCUCCGGACGUGGACGAGAAAGGAUUGAAAGAAAUCGCGAAAGCGGUAAAGAAAGCUAAAAUCGACGGCGUCAUCAUCUCCAACACGACGAUUGAAAGGAACGAUCGGGUGCAACAACACGAAAACGGUAAGGAAAUCGGCGGUUUGAGUGGAAAACCGGUGUUUGAGAAAUCGACGGAGGUGUUGCGUCGAUUUUACGAAUUAACCGACGGUUCGAUUCCGUUGGUCGGGUGCGGCGGCGUGUUUACCGGUGAAGACGCUUUGAAGAAGAUCAAAGCCGGCGCAAGUUUGGUGCAAUUGUACACGUCGUUUGCGUACGCCGGACCGGCGUUGAUUCCGAAAGUAAAAAGAGAGCUAUACGAAGCGUUGAAGAGGGAAGGUUUUAAGAACGUCAACGAAGCCGUCGGGUACGACGUGAAGCAAAGAAAGAAACGUAACCGUUUUCUGUUCUUUUAA